AUACUUCUAUUUUCCCUCUGCGUCAUGCUACAUGCCCUCCUGGUCAUUGGAUGCAUGGUGCUCAUCAUCUUGCAUUUCACGCAACCCAGGAGCGCAAUCAGUUUCUCUGGAAAUGGCCUGAACGUAGUCCAGUGGAACAUAUUUUAUUAUGCAACAGUGUCCCCGAACACAAUCAUCAAAGUCUACCUUGUUCCCACGCUCUUUAUCACCCAGAAACUUGCCUUCAGGCGCACCGUCCACGUCAACCAGACUCUCACGUCCAUCCACGACAAAACCUCGGCAUGGUUGGGUCUAGGUGCUACCGCUCCCGUGCUCUGGCGAUAUCUCACCGCUUUCAUCCGCAAGAAAGAAGAUCGGGCCGCCAAGAGAGGUGAACUUCCCGCCUUCGUCGGAGUCUCCUUGAUUACUAUCUAUCUCAGCUGCAGUCUAUUGCUCGGUAUCAUCGCUCCAGAUCUUGUCACUGUGGCGGACACUGUCGGGGACACGGGAAGCUACCAGAAGAUUGCGUCGAAUCUUCAGGGCGUCGACAACGAUGCGUUCGUAUCUAUUCAGGAAGCGUUCCCCAUCGUGAACAUCCUGCCUUUGGUCAGGUAUUCAGGCGAUAUUGCAACAGUUGGCCUUGAGAAUAACCUCAUCUACGAUGUACCCAAUUUCGCCACCUCUACUGGGUCCGUCGGUGUCCUCGGCAAAUCCUUCUGGGUGCACUGCGGGCAAAUUCAGGGGGCGUCACAGGUUCAGUCGGACGACGACUCUUUCGUCAUUCAUGUCGAGGAACAGCUCCAGAAUGUAAAAUUAGCAUCGAAGCGUACCUUGAACAUUCGCCCUGCGUUGUGGCAGAAUAUAUCAGAUACAUCUCCACCCCCUGCCACAAUUAUUGUCGCAUCAACCUUCCCCAUCCAAGACGACUCUGAGGAUGCGAAUGCUGCCAUUGUGAACUUAAAUACCGAAGUUACACCCGUAGGAUGCUCAUUUGACUGCGAUUCUGUUAAUACGGUGCAGGUCGUCGCAUGCAAUGUGCUCAUAACAAAUCACGGCGAAAACGACGAGGUCCCCGUGGAGACAGACGUAUUUCCCUUCCAGGUCAAUGCUCCCACGACGAUUACUAGCCAGGCGUGGUCGAAUUGGUCACUUCCAAACCCGCCAGUCGGGGGACAGUCGCUUUUAAGCUUGAUUGGUAAUUUCAGCCAGCAGUCGCCCAACAGCCGCACAACACUGUUCAGUACGGUCGAUGGAUCGACGGCCACAAACUACACUCUGAGCAUUUUAGAGGAUAGUAUCAUGGAAACGCUAGGAUAUUAUGACCCAAGCAUCCUCCGUGUUGACCUCAGUGAACUCGAGAACAACCUAGGGCAAGCUGUCGCUGCAGUCUUCUGGCGUAGUAACCUAUUCACCCUUUUUAUAGCCGCCCUCCGACAAGUGGACAACGCUUCGCUCGGACCAGAUACUAGCAGCUACGCUCUGGAGUAUGCUGUUCUCGUAUGUCCCAUCCUUGGCCUCGUCGUCUCCACAGUAAUGCUCGUUGUUUCCAUUCUGCUCACCUGGCAGCCGAAGCCAGAUCUCGACGAUAAGACACGCCCGCAGGUGGAUUCGUUCGGUGUGCUGCAACUAAUGUGGUACCUCGGCCAGGAGCGCAACCACCUCUCGCGCUACCUCGCACGGGCCGUGCCCGACCCGACGCUCGAGCAUCUGCGCGACUGGGGCAAG